GGCGACCCCACUCCCCACGAGCUGCAGCAGUUAUCUCCUGCUUCCGUCACCCCACACUACAAGUACACUCGUUCACCAGGGACACUUGCCAGCUCUCCGGGUCAUAGUUUUGCCUCCAGGCCGGCAGCAGAGGGCUUUUAAUUCAACAUCCGGCCGAACCACUACCAGGAACCGCUCACCUUCCGGGUGGGGGAGGUUGCGCGCGCGUCCGUCGAACAUGUUUCCUUUAACGUCCCUCACACCACCACAUCGGUCCAAAAUGGCUUCGGAAGACCAACACAGCGCCGGCAGCGGCGAUGGCGCGUUCCGCCAGUAUCUCCCAGACCUCAGCAUCCCCCGUUUCACGACGAUGCAGAAGCAGGAUGCUCAUGAAUACGCAAAGGCAUUCAAGGAGACCGGCGUGCCUCCAUGGCUCCACGGUCUGUAUCUGCACUGGCGCAAGCUGUAUCAAGAACCCUUCAAGGGCAUCACCAAUGACGGCCACGUUCGUCCGGGCCUCUUCCGCCUCCAGGACGAGGGGAUUCCCAUUGAGGCCAUCCUCUCGGCCGCCGAGACCCUCCUCUCCAAGCUGACCCCCGAUCAGCAGGCUACCCUCAGCUACCACAUCGACUCCCCCGAGUGGCGCACCUGGUCCAACCCGGAGUUCCUCCUCUCGGACAAGGGCCUCCGCCUAGACGAGCUCGGCCCGGAAACCCGUGCCGCCGCCCUGGGCCUGCUGGAGGCGACGCUCUCGCCCGAGGGCUACGCCAAGGCUCUGGCGGCCAUGCGCAUCAACGGCUUCCUCGGCCAGCUGGUGGGCGCCCCGCGCGUCAUGAACGAGUCGUCGUACAACCUCGUCCUCUUCGGCGCGCCCUCGACCGCCAGCCCCUGGGGCUUCUCCUUCUACGGCCACCACCUGUGCCUCAACGUCUUCCUCUACCGCACCCAGGCCGUCAUCUCCCCCUGGUUCACCGGCGCCGAGCCCAACCUGAUCGAUUCGGGCCCCCACGCCGGCACCCGCAUCCUGCAGCGCGAGGAGGCCCUCGGCCUGCGCCUGAUGCAGAGCCUGCCCCCGCCCCUGCAGGCCCGCGCCCAGGUCUACAAGCUGCUGCGCGACCCGGCCAUGCCCGAGGGCCGGUGGAACCACGACGACCAGCGGCACCUGUGCGGCGCCUACCGCGACAACCGCGUCGUCCCCUACGAGGGCGUGCUCGUGUCCGACAUGGCCGAGGACCAGCGGGCGCUCGUGCGCGCCAUCCUGGCCGAGUACCUGCUCUACCUGCCCGCCCGCGCCCGGGAGCUGAGGCUGGCCGAGGCCGAACGCUGGUUCGGCGAGACGUACUUCUGCUGGAUCGGCGGCUUCGGCGACGACGACGCCUUCUACUACCGCAUCCAGAGCCCCGUCAUCAUUGUCGAGUUUGACCACCACUCGGGCGUCUUCCUGACCAACAAGGAGCCCGCCAGGUUCCACAUCCACACCCUCCUGCGGACGCCCAACGGAGGCGACUACGGCAUGGCCCUCAGGCCCCUGAUUCCCGGCAUGGAGCAGGGUUAUGUGUGGAAGGGGGAGAAAGAGUGACCGGCUGGGACAG